UAAUUAAAAUAAGUCACUGAGUGUGACUGAUUGUGCAUUAACUCUGUCCUGGGUACUUGUGCCAGAAUGAUUAAGCCCUCUGCAGCUGUCAGGCACGAGUAAAUGCUUCUUUGGAAGCAAAUGACACUCUAUGGCGGUUGACCAUGCAGAAUGAUCCCAGCACCAUUGAGCAAACAGACAGGCCAUGCACCCAGUACUUUGCCAAAAACAAACAGUCACAAAGAGAGCUCAGACCUCAUGUCAGGGCACAGACAGCCUAAUCUUCCCUGGCACAGAGCAAGCUUGCUGGGUUCACAGUAUUUGUGCCAAGAAACCAAAAGACCAUUGGGUACUCUCGAUCCUACAUGGCAAAGUUUCUCCUGUUUAAAGCCUGUGGAAUAAUCCAUCCGGUGUCUUUGUGAAUGAAAUAAAAGCAGCAGUUUAGAUACAUACCAGGAGAGGUGUUUGAAAGGGGGGGGCAAGACAACUAACAGAAGAGAGUGGGAGGGACAGAACGAGGGGUGAGAAGCAAACAGUUUACAUCAUUGUUCCAGAAAGAUCUAGGCCCGUCUCUGCGCCCAUUGCCAGUGGUGUAUAUAAGUAGACUGGCAGGACAGGCACCAGGUUGUAUUUGAGCAGCAUUGUGCUGUUUAGAGACAAAAUGGACAUCGCCAUCCAGCAUCCUUGGUUCCGCCGCUCCUUCUGGACAUCCUUCCUUCCCACCCGGAUCUUCGACCAACAUUUUGGGGAACACAUUUCAGAGAGUGAUGUGUUGGCACCCUACCCUUCACUAUACUUUCCACGCCCUUCCUUCUUUCGCUGGCCCAGCUGGGUGGACAGUGGGCUCUCAGAGAUGAAAUUGGAAAAAGACUGUUUUACCAUCAAUUUGGAUAUAAAGCACUUCGCACCCGAGGAGCUGUCAGUAAAGAUCAGCGGAGAUUAUAUCCAAGUUCAUGCCAAACAUGAGGAUCGCCAGGAUGACCACGGGUUUAUCUCACGAGAGUUUCUCAGAAAAUACCGUGUCCCAUCUGGAGUGGACCCGGCCAGCAUCACGUCAUCUAUCUCUUCUGACGGAGUCCUGACCAUCACGGCACCUCGCAAGGCCUCUGAUGCUCCCGAGCGCUUUAUUUCUAUCACUCGCGAAGACAAGCCUGCAGUGUCUGGCCCACAGAAGAAGUAAAGCUGCAACAUGUUAUCAAGUCUGUCAUCCCUGUGUUUCCCCUGCUGAUCCACUGUGCUCCCCUGCACUUGCACUCCACUACUGGGUCUAAUCAGGCGACAGAGAGAAAGAGUCAAGAUUGACAUGUCUAGAAAGUUUCUCUUUUCCAUCCAGAAGUUAAACAUGGCAUUGACCAAUUGGCUGCUAGAUCUAAAUCAUUUACACCGCUGGAGUUUUGUUUGUACCAUGCGGCCGCUAGUCAUAAAACACAUCCACCAAAUAUAAGGGCUCUUUGUCUUUCAUAGCUGGUCAAACCCAAACAAUGGCUGCACAGAGUCUGUGAGGGUUUGCGUGUAGGAAGCCUGUUGUGCAUCUGUUGUGAUGAAAACGAGAAAGAACAGAGUGAUGGAAUUUCUAAACCUAUAAUCUCAUAUUUCAAAGAAGUGCAUGGUUUUGACAUUCUUGUGUUUCAAAUGCAUAGAAUGGGAGGUGAUGUUCUGUGCUAUGAGAAAAGGAAAGUUUAUUCAGUGAUUUGAUGUUUCGUUUUCACAGUGAACUUGGGACCAGACAAUACAAAGAGACCAGGUGCAGGUAGUGAAGGAAGAGGAAAUGCCGUAGUGAAGAAAACGAACUCUUCUUGUUCCUUAACGUAUGUCGCUCAAGUCUGGUUUGCUUACUACUCCUGUAGGACGUGUAGUGAUUGGAAACUUGCUGUUAACUCAGUAGUGAUGGCGGUUUUCGAAAGCAUUAUGACUAAAUUACAGAGAGUUUCUUUAAAACAAGAUUCUUAAGGAAUGUGUCUAUUCACUUUUGUCGUAAACGUGAUACUGAAAGUGGAUGUGUAUGUAUAAAUGUAUGUAUAAAUGUUUGGGAUGGUGCAUGAUGGUACGUGAGUAUACCAUAUAAUGAGGUGAAGUGUUAUUUUGUUUUACCAGAGCACCACCUCACAAAAGCAACACUGACGAAGCUGCUAAACUAAGCGUUUAACUCAUUCAAUCAUUUUCUGACAAUGCAUGCUACAAAGAAAGUACAGGUUUUCACACAGCUAAUUUCUCACAUGUUCCCUGUGUUCACCAUUGCAUAAUAAAUACCAAAGAGGAACAAAUGCAGGGGAGCACACAAGUCGGCGUUUGAGUCAAGGCGGCCUUUUUACACUCUUCUGGUCCCAGAAUUUCCUUUCCUAUGUUAUUCUAAGAUGAAACGUAAUAAGAGCAAAUGACUAGACUAGUCUCAGAUCAGUGAAAAAGGCCUACAUUCUACUGCUUUGUUAGUUCCCUGCUUUAACAUUUCUGACUAUUCACACCACACCACCAAGCAAAGUGUAGCCACAGUGGUUUCCGUGUGUAUACCGAUGGCUACGAGCUAUUAAUAAAACCUUGGGUCAUUUA